GCUCCCAAACAUUUAUUUAACGUAAUCGAGGUUAGAUCACCCCUUUAUAAACAGAUAGUCUACUGAAAGUCUGUCCCAGCAGCUGAACUCUUUUGAAGCAGAGGCAAUUAUAAUUUAAGAUUAUAAUAAUCAUUUUAGUAAUAUUGUAAAAUAAGAAUUACUAUUAACACCAUUUCAAACAAAUUAGCUUGAGAGGAAUUAUCACGAUUAGAAGAUCUGGUAUCACAGAUCAAAAUUCAUGUUUAAGAUUUAUUUUCCUUUUCAGAAAUGUUGUUUCAUCAAUGUAUGUUUAUCAUUGUAAAUGUGUGACAUAUUCUUUUAUUGCUGAACAUGGAUCUUGUUUCCAGAUUUGGAAAGUGGUAAGCUGCACGAUUAUGACAAAAAUCAUAAUUGUCGACGAAUUCUCUUUUUAUUCUAGUUGCGAUUAUUCAUUUAGAUGAUUAUAGAUUAGAUUAAUUCAUUGUAAAUAGUUAAUCUGUGUAACCCAGAUAGCACAUGUACAUCUUUGAGAGUCUGAUUUAUUAUUACUAUAUAAAAUUAUUAUUUUUUCAUUCCUGUUUUGUUUACAACAGCCAUUAUUUUUUGCAGUUUAAUACAUCUUUAUCUUUUGCAAUACUUUAUUUUUUCCUUUUGUAAUAGCUUAUGAUGCUUAAACACUUGGCAGUGUUGAUGUCUCUUAGUAUAUUUAAAGACACACAUACUUUAAUAAAUGACAAUUAGUUGGGGGGCCUGGGUAGCUCAGUGAGUAAAGACACUGACUAUCACCACUGGAGUCGCGAGUUCAAAUCCAGGGUGUGCUGAGUGACUCCAGUCAGGUCUCCUAAGCAACCAAAUUGGCCCGGUUGCUAGGGAGGGUAGAGUCACAUGGGGUAACCUCCUUGUGGUCAGUAUAAUGUGGUUCUCGUUCUCGGUGGGGCGCGUGGUGAGUUGUGCGUGGAUGCCGCGGAGAAUAGCAUGAAGCCUCCACUCCGCGUUAACGCGCUCAACAAGCCAUGUGAUAAGAUGCGCGGAUUGACGGUCUCAGACAUGGAGGCAACUGAGAUUCUUCUUCCGCCACCCGGAUUGAGUGAAUUCAGCCACAAGAGAAGAUCUGCAUCCAAACAACUGAAAUCUGCAAUGAAAGAGGAGAGUGAGGACAUGAGUGAUUCAGAAGCCAGCAGAAUAAAACAUGAAGAUACUAAAGAACAAAGAGACCUGAUGGAAGUGAAGGAGGAAAGUCAAGAGCUGAAAAUACUUCCACAGACUGAAAACUAUUUCACACAGAAAAAUACAGAGAGAGCAGAAGCCAAAAAGUCUUUCACCUGCUCUCGGUGUGGAAAGAGUUUCACACGAAAAGAAACCCUUAAGGUUCACAUGAGAGUUCACACUGGAGAGAAACCUUACAGAUGUGAUCAGUGUGGAAAGAGUUUCACACAUAAAGAAACCCUUACGAAACACAUGAGAAUCCACACUGGAGAGAAACCUUACAGAUGUGAUCAGUGUGGAAAGAGUUUCACACAUAAAGAAACCCUUAAGAAACACAUGAGAAUCCACACUGGAGAGAAACCUUACAGAUGUGAUCAGUGUGGAAAGAGAUUCAUACAGUCAAAAUGUCUCCACAAUCAUCUGCUCUCUCACACCGGAGAAAGACCAUUUUCCUGUGAUCAGUGUGGUAAAACUUUUAAAGUGAAAUCAACCUUGAAGGGCCACCUGAAAGUUCAUGCAAAGGAGAAGGAUCACUUCUGUUCUAUUUGUGGAAAGGGUUUUACACGGCUUGAGGGCUUUAAAGUGCACCAGAAAAUACACAUUGGUGUGAGGGAUCAUGUGUGUUUUCAGUGUGGUAAGACUUUUAUUAGAGUCAGCCAAUUGAAAGAUCACCUGAGAAUUCACUCUGGAGAAAAACCUUACAAGUGCUCACACUGUGACAAGAGAUUCACUGAUGCAUCAACUCUGAAAAAACAUGAGAGGAUCCACUCUGGAGAGAAGACAUACCACUGCCCUCCAUGUGGGAGGAGUUUCAACCAAAGUGGUAAUCUACGCAGUCAUAUGAAAAGGCGUCAUCCAAAUUCAAAAUGUGUUCUGGUGAAGAAGAAAAGUCAAACACACCUGGGAUAUCAUGAGGCCUACAAGAAAAGAUCUGCAUCCAAACAGAACAACUGAAAUCUGCAAAGUUGGAGUUUGUUAAAGAGGAGACUGAGAACACGAGUGAUUCAGAAGUCUGCAGAAUUAACAAAGAGGUUGCCGUCCAUUCUUGAUUCUUCAUUAAUGAUGCUGAGGAACAUGAAGGUCUUAAAGUUUCAAGCAGUUAACCAGAUUUGGUGGAUGUUAUAAGAGCUGUAAAAUAACAUGGCUAAACCAACAAGUAAUACAUGCACAUAUAAAAGACACCAACAUGAUCAUUUCUUUGGACAGCAGUUGUCUGCCAGAUUUUAGAUUAAAAUAAGAGGAUUAAAAUUUAGCACAUCAGUAAUCAUAUAAAACAACACAUUCUCACUCCCAAGAUGUCAAAUGCUGGCACUUGUCAAUGUAUAGAUACCAAAAGUGCCCUGUUGAAAUGCAUUGCUUUCAGUGAGAAGCCUUUCGUAUCAAUAGACUAAUGCAUAGGGCAUCAGUAUUUUAUCUUUGUGAAAUUACGUGUUGGGGUAAAAAUUGUAUUUCAUUAGAUUUUUUAGAAGAAUAUUUCAGCUCUGCAGUUCCAUACAAUGCAAGUCAAUGGUGACCAGAAUAGGUCCAAAUACCACAUAAAGUCAGCAUAAAAGUAAUUAUACAAUUCCAGUGGUUAAAUCCAUGUCUUCUGAAGUGAUCCAGUCGGGUCGAGAAUUGUACCUCACACACAUUCUCACACACACUCACUCACUCAUGUUGGUGCAGCUAUCCUUAUGAGGACCCUCCAUAGACAUAAUGAUUUUUAUACUGUACAAACUAUAGAUUCUAUCCCCUAACCCUCACAAAAAACUUUCUGCAUUUUUACAUUUUCAAUAAAACAUUGUUUAGUAUGUAAUUUCCCUUGUGAGGACCACCCAAAAGAUCCUCACAACCAGAAAUGUUCUCACAGAACAGGUUGAUUCUCAGCACUUGGUCCUCACAAAUAUAGCAAAACCUGUACACACACACACAUAAACACACACACUCACACACUCACACAAACACACACACACUCACACACACACACACUCACUCUCACACUCACACACACUCAUACACACACUCACACACACACACACACACACACACUCACACACACACACACUCACACACACACACACUCACACUCUUUUCACUCAUUCUGUCUUACAGGUCAAUCAGUGACUUGUUUUACAUUUCAUUUGUAAUUGGUUUAGAGUUUUGUUUGUUCAGUUUUCAGAGUUGCAUCAAGACUUUCUUUCUCAUGUCAAAUGCACUAAAGAGGACUUUGUUCUUAAGUUACUGUAAAUAAAAAAUAAAUGUACAUACAGUAUAAACAAAUGUAUACAUAAAUAAAACCUGUGGAGGAUGUUGUAAGGGACCGUCUGAACACAUCAACCAUGACAAUGUAUGGAAAUCUGAUCUUUUAAAGAUGUUUAGCAAAUGUUAAAUAGAUUGUGAUGUUUUCCAGAUGAAACGCUCUUAAACAGACAUCUCAGAGAUGUACGUGUGAUACAGUAUCUGGGAUUUGACAUCUUGGGAGUGAGAACAGAUUGCAUUAAAAUAGACACUGGAGUCUUGCUUUCUGCCAUUCACUUUUCUUUUAUUUCACAUUUGUCUCCACUGAAUUACACUUAUGGUGAUUUGGUAUGUUUAUUUUAGACCUGAUGGAAGUGAAGGACAGAUCCGCACUGGAGAGAAGCCAUACGAUGAGAGAAUACAAUGUUAAUGUGCUUAUAUUACCUGCAGUGAAGUCUGAAAAUGGUUUGCUGUUAAAAGACAAACUUGUUAUAAGAUCAUUAAGAGACAGAACAAGUGUUACGGUUUACAGAUGAAAAUAUGUCUAUGAAAGUCAGGUUUUUGUUCAUGCCAGAUUUUCUACUGUGUGAAUUGUUUGAAAAAUCUGUCAAGCUGGGACUUUUGAAUAUGGGAGCAUUAAUGUCAUUUAUGAGUCUCAUAACAAAGGUCAUUAAUGUUUUGUAUAGAGUGUGCUGCUGAUAUACAUGAAAUUACGAGAAGUAAAAAAGAUGCAGCAAAAUCUAGUAUUGAGUAACUUAUUGAAGGAGAAGAGAAGAAAUGCAUUUUAGAUUAAAUCAAAGUGUGUUAACAUUGUAUAUACACUGUUAAAAAAUAAACUAUUCUUU